AAAGGAAGUGUUCCUCCCCACACAUUAUGCAUUCCAAAAUGCAGUCGACGGCAAUGGAGGAGGGGAGAACGAGUCGGGAGACCCGUUCAAGACCGCCAUGGCUGGCUCGCAUUCCCGUUACUUCGGUCGGUGUUAUACCGGGGCUAGCUGCUCAAUCCCUUCUCUUCAAGUACCUUGCAUCCCUCCCGUGGGUCCACAUCUCAGACACCAUACACGUCGUGUUAUGGUUCAUAUCACUUGUGGUUUCCAGUGUCGCUGCCAUCCUUUACGCGUUCAAAGCACUGAGAUAUCCAAGAAUAUGUAGCUGGGAACUCCAUCAUCCUCUUCGACAUAAUGAUUUUUUCCUCUUCCUUAUUGGUGCCUUCCUAAUGACACUAGCAUAUCCAGAGUCAUUUCUCGGUCAUGCAAACUUUGAGAUACCAUUUUGCAUCCUCACAAUCUUGCACUUGAUUGGCUGCCUGUUCGUUUACGGCGGAUGGAUGUCGUCGAUGCAGAAACCAAAGCUUGGUAUCUCAUACCGCGACGCGGAACCGUCGUAUCUGUUUACCCUAGUUCCAUGGUUCCUGUCGUCCUCUUUGGGUGCCUUGAUAGGCUGGCUGGAAGUAGCCACUUUCCUGUUCUAUGUGGGCUCCUUCUAUUGGAUCGUCAUGUAUGUCAGUCUGUGGCAAAAUUUUUCGAUGGCUCGCGAGCAUCUGGAAACGAGUGGGGCCGUCCCACAAGUAUUCUUGACUGUCGCACCGAGCGCGAUAGCAUCACUCGCAUGGGUGAAUGUCAGUCGAAUCACGUUGAGCGAUAUGCCAUCUGGAACAACAGAUCAUCUCGGACACAUUGGCCGUUUCUUCUUGUUCAACAGUUUGGCCGCCGGCGUGCUCAUUGUACCAUCACUCUGGCGCGCAUACUUGAGAACCAUCCCGCAAAAGUCCUACCUUCCAUGGUGGGCAGCAACUUUCCCAACCGCUGCUGUGGCUAUGGCGACCAGCGAGUACUCCAAAGUUGUGAAUACGCCGACGGUUCACGUUCUCGUGUGGAUCUGCUGCGGAAUUGCCUGGGGAACUUUCCUAUUUGUUCUCGUAUGGAACUUACACGGAGUAUUUACCUGGAGAGCCUGGAAGGAUCCGCUACUAGAAAAGGAGCACAUUUGGGAAAGGAUGGAAAGCACCGACACUGUGAUGGAAGAAGUGAGGUGUGAUCUCGGCGAAGAUAGAGCAGAGUCGAACAGACGCACGACCACCUUCGCAUAGUUUAUUUCAUUUAUAUUGUAACAUAGUAGUUGGAUCGUUCGAAGUAACUGUUUAGACUGGAAAUUUAAUAUAUGCAUCACAAUGAAAUGUUAU